GCGUCUCAACCCCAGCUUUUAUUUAUACUGUGGAUCUUUGCGAACAAGCGUCUUUGUUGUUCUCCGGACGUCACUGGGCGUUUGCGCCGUUGAAUGCCGCGACAUUUUGGCCCACGACAGCACUUGAUGAAUGAAAAUGCAUCUCGGUUUGCCUUCGUCUCACCCAUUCCUUGCUUAGAUUCUUCAUCCCGUCUUUAUUUUCUCUUGUGUGACAUCUUUCAUUUGCCUUGCAAUCCACCAACAAGAGGUGGAGGGAAUCAUAGUGCUGCCGUUUCCAUUUUCCUGAUUCGGGCGGCGCAAUGAAGUUCCGCUUUUGUGGAGAUCAAGACUGUCCCGAUUGGUUCCUAACCCAAAUGGCCACACUCUCUCGUCUGAGUUCAGUCAAGGCGAAGCUGCUUACCCAGCACGUGGCCCGCCAUUUGACCGGGGAAGCGAUAGACUUGGAGAAGAGUAAUUCUUUGCUAGCCGAUUCCAAGCUUCCUGAAAGUGAUGUUCGAUCGUUGCUCGCCUCUAUCCAGUUUGUUUUAACGUCUGCGUCUCGCUUCGCUACCGGAGAAGACCACCUGCGAGCCGAAUUACAACAAGUCGGACUUCCUCGUGAACAUGCUACGGCACUAGCUAAAGUUCAUCAUGAUUAUGCUGAUUCAAUUCGAAAGCAUUUGAUUCGCGACAGCCUAAUGAGGAACAAGUUAGAAGACUUGAGCUGGCGGAAAAUCGAUGGAUCCCAUCUAAUCGAAUUGACUUUUCAAAUUAACGAAGGUCUCACGCCGAAAAAUAGCGCAGUCUCCAUGAUGGUGGAUCCAACGAAAUUGCAGAAUUUACUAUACGAUAUGGAGAAAGUUCGUAGUUUAAUUGCUAAACAUGGACUGGCUACCAAUGUCGAAUAGGGAGACAUUUAGAGGAAUAUUACAUCGCAUUUGGUUCACAAGACGAAGCAUAGAUUGUUUCAUUUAUA